UCUAGCGUGGAAUCUGCGUGCAGUGUCUUGCGAUGGCGAAUACACGCAGCCUGUUGGCACGUGCUGUUUAACAGAACCGAACUCGGCGCUCUUCACUGCAAACCGUAACACUAUAUUUCUCCCUAGACGCACGUAACAGCUGGGACGAUUUGCUGUCCGAAAUGUGUAUGAGGGCUGUGAGUCCAUUAAUACCUUUAUCACUAAUGGGGGAUUUCAAGACGGGCGCUCAGACCAAGGGAGUUUCAGCUGUUGUCUUUCUUUUGAUAGCAGUAAUACUAGGGAAGACGGGCGUGGAAGCUAGGGUAGCACAGCAAAAAUCAGAGCCAUUUUUUGAUAUUCUAGAUGUACCACCGGAAUUAAGGAGCAUUCCAGAGAAGCCUACACUGUACGACAUCCUCUCCAUCCCGUCUAUGGAGGAGGCCGCGGUUAUGCGGAUAUCCUUCGCGCCAGACAGACCUAGCCAUAUCCCUGACGUCCCAAACGGUGGAACAGCCUGGAGUGGAGACUCUACCGAAUUCGUACCGGAACCCCCACUUUCCAUGUUUAAGAGGGACCGUGGCCCACCGUUCAGAGCAUGUCCGGUAAAGAAUGAAUGGGUUCACAUACAGACAGCAACAGAUAUUUACAAUGAAGAAGUGGAAGUUAGCCAACUCCAGUGGUUUUGGCACACUACCUGUCGGCACGAGAACCAGUCUUGCUACGGGUUCUCCCCAUCAGAAGAGGGAGCCACUACAGAGUGUCGGGAAACCAACUCAUGGGUGAUGGCCUGGGCGAGAGAGCUAGAAGAAACAGACUAUUCUUGGCGGCACAUUGCCAUCCCAACCUGCUGUACCUGUGCAGUCAUUCAGCCUCAAUUUUAAAUGCCUACCAAUGGCAACAUCUUUCAAGUUAGAUUAUGUUUAAUGAGAUCAUAAAUCCUCAUUCUGUGAAUUACCGCCCAGACGUCUAACUCGGCCAGUGGUAUGACUAUUUAAAUGCUAAAAAUCGGAUUGUGCUAGAUGAAACUGCAAAAGUCAACGCGAAUUCUUGGCAUUAGAGCAAAUUUCUGCUUUUAGAAUUUGCAAAGUGGCAGACCUUUAUAUAUACGGAGAAUUUUGCCCAGAACGCUUCGUCACAGAACGUAUAAUAAUACAUAUUUUAUAUAAAUUGGAAGAAUAAAAAAAUAAUCAUACAGUAAUUCUAAAUAAACGAUAUAAACGAUUCUGAUAGAAAACAGUACCGUAUGGCAAGCACGUGUACUACUCAACCUGUUCAUAUCAGUACGCACUGACUGUGCAAAGAAAAUGGUGAACAAUAUAAUUUUUCAGCACUGAGUAAAUGUAAUUUAAUUCAGUUAGUGUUUGUGGUUUUGGUAAGUGUAUUCUUAUGGUUUAACAAUUAUUUUUUCUGCUUUGUCUCAACACAGAACUUAGCCCUUGGGCAAAUGACUGAAUAGUAACUGUAGAAGUACACUAGAAUACAACUCAUGCAAAUGGUGUAGAUAUCUUUUCCAAAUAACCUCAAGGUAUUGGAAAUUGUAAGUCAUGACCAAUGCUUCAGCGUUUCAACGUAGUGAGCGAAGAGAUACGGCAGUGGAUGAAAAGGAGGACGGUAUAACAGUAAUGGCGGAAGACUGCAAAUAUCAUGAAGGACUACAAAUAUCACUUGGAAGUUGGUAUGAUUUUGCAUAUGUUGGCAAAGGCAAGUUUGUAAGCACACAAGUAGUCCAGUCUUAAGUAACCCUCGCAACGGUAUUCCACUGUUAAAGUCCUUUCACAUUUUCUUCUUGAUAGUUUGUUUUUCAUCUUAUAGAUUAAUUAAAAGCCUAGACGAAGGUGAUAUUUUUGUUUGCACAGUAGAGUGAGGUUGCAUGUGUGUUUGUGGGGUAUCACGUGAUCGAUAUUCGACUAAUAAAAAAAUCGAAUUCUAAAACUGUAGUGCAACCAUCCUCUUUGGUGCAUGGAGUCAGGGCGUUGGUUAUGUUGGCGGAGGGUGGUAGUGGUGAUACUGGCGAAUCCAGGGCAACGGAGCCAGGGUCCAAAAAGGAGCAUUUUCUUUUUGAAUAAUGAGAAGAAAGGCGAUUUGGGGAUUAUUUCACUCCCCUUCGAAAAACGUGUGAAAUGCCUCGAAAUUUAUCUUCGACCAAAGAAACGCUAUAUUGGGAUACAUUAAGAACUUCCAAAAUUGUUUGCCUCCAACCCCGAAAAAUUCUGUUUGGGAUCCGCCUUUGGGUGGUGAGGGUGACGCACGCGCCAUUCAGUGGAUGUUGGCGUUUGAGGUGAUCAAGGUGAGAGCGAGAGAGGGACGAGAAGCGUCUAGGACCGAGGUGGCAAUCACGUUAGGGCAACUCGAGUGGAUGGUAUUGCCAGUGAUGGUGAUGUACUACGAUUAAUUGUGUAGAUUGUUUGAGGCAGUGGUAUCGGCGAUAUGUGUGGUGUUCACGGUGCUUGCAAUGGUGGUGUAAACGCUACUGUCUAGAAGCAAAGUCUAAAUGUUGGUAAUAAUAAGCAGGAGUGUAACACAUGUAAUUGCUGUAAUUAAUACGUGCCAACAUGAGUUGCAGUUUUGGCAUCUACGCAAUUUUGCCACAUUUCCCCAAGCCUUGGAAGCAAGCUUGUGAUUCAUCAAAUACCAAAAAUCCAUGAAUGACUGCAUUGAUAUAGAUCUAUUUCUGAAGAAAUCAGGAAGACCUAUAGACCCCGAAUGACCUAAUUACCGAUUUAAGCUCAGGUGUGAAAUAUCAAGUAAACUGAGAUUAUACAAAAUUGUUUGAAAAUUGUCUCAAAAACAUGUAUUAUUUACAAUACAGUACGUGUACAGCGAUUUCGU